GGACGGGGCGGGGCUGCGGGGAGGCGGCCGGCGGGCGGGGCCGCGAGCCAGUACCUCAGAGAGCGCGGGCCCGGACAGCCGCGCGCUGAGGGUCUCGGGACGAGCGCCGCGGGACCUCGCCGGGCCAUGGCAGCCCCUGUCAAAGGGAACAGGAAGCAGUCCGCAGAGGGUGACGCCCUAGAUCCACCUGCAUCCCCCAAACCUGUUGGCGAGCAGAACGGGAGCCAGAACCCCAUCCCACUGGAGGACUCCCCCGAGGCAGGCGGGGAGCGGGAGGAGGAGCAGGAGCGGGAGGAGGAGCAGGCCUUCCUGGUCAGCCUCUACAAGUUCAUGAAGGAGCGACACACGCCCAUCGAGAGGGUGCCCCAUCUCGGCUUCAAGCAGAUUAACCUGUGGAAGAUCUACAAGGCAGUGGAGAAGCUGGGGGCCUAUGAGCUGGUGACCGGGCGCCGCCUCUGGAAGAACGUGUACGACGAGCUGGGGGGCAGCCCGGGCAGCACCAGCGCGGCCACGUGCACGCGCCGCCACUAUGAGAGGCUGGUCCUGCCAUAUGUGCGGCACCUGAAGGGCGAGGAUGACAAGCCGCUGCCCACCUCCAAGCCCAGGAAACAGUACAAGAUGGCCAAGGAGAACAGGGGGGAUGAUGGGGCCACCGAGCGGCCGAAGAAGGCCAAGGAGGAGCGGCGCAUGGACCAGAUGAUGCCAGGAAAGACCAAAGCAGAUGUUGCUGACCCAGCACCGCUUCUUAGCCAGGAGCCCCCCAGGAACAGUACAGAACAGCAGGGCUCGGCCUCUGGGUCUUCUGUGUCCUUUGUGGGUGCCAGCGGCUGCCCUGAGGCUUACAAGCGGCUCCUAUCCAGCUUCUACUGCAAGGGGACACAAGGCAUCAUGUCACCACUGGCCAAAAAGAAGCUCCUGGCCCAGGUGAGCAAGGUGGAGGCCUUGCAGUGCCAGGAGGAGGGCUGUCGCCAUGGGGCAGAGCCCCAGGCGUCCCCAGCUGUUCACCUCCCGGGGAGUCCCCAGAGCCCCAAAGAGCUGACUGAGAAUUCCAGGCACUGGCUGACCCCUCAGGAGGGAUUGCAGUCCCCGGGUGGCAGCCUCAGGGAGGAGGUGCAGGCGGGCCCCUGCCCGGCAGCCCCCAUCUUCACAGGCUGCUUCCACACCCACCCCACUGAGGUGCUGAAGCCUGUCAGCCAGCACCCCAGGGACUUCUUCUCCAGACUUAAAGAUGGGGCGCUGUUGGGUCCUCCUGGCAAAGAGGGGCUGUCUGUGAAAGAGCCCCAGCUGGUGUGGGGCGGGGAUGCCAACCGCCCUUCCGCAUUCCACAAAGGCGGCUCCAGAAAGGGUAUUCUCUACCCCAAGCCCAAAGCCUGCUGGGUGUCCCCCAUGGCCAAGGUCCCAGCUGAGAGCCCCACGCUCCCGCCCACCUUCCCUGGUAGCACAGGCCUGGGCAGCAAGCGCAGCCUGGAGGAAGAGGAUGCUGCCCACAGUGGGAAGAGACUGCGGGCCGUGUCUCCCUUUCUUAAGGAGGCAGAUGCCAAGAAAUGUGGGGCCAAACCUGCGGGGUCUGGCCUGGUCUCCUGCCUUCUGGGCCCAGCCCUGGGGCCUGUGCCCCCAGAGGCCUACAGGGGCACCAUGCUGCACUGCCCGCUGAACAUCACCGGCACCCCAGGCCCCUUGAAGGGCCAGGCUGCACUCCCCUUCAGCCCCCUGGUCAUCCCAGCCUUCCCGGCCCACUUCCUGGCCACUGCAGGCCCCUCACCCAUGGCCGCUGGCCUGAUGCACCUCCCCCCCACGUCCUUCGACAGCGCUCUCCGCCACAGACUUUGCCCGGCCUCAUCUGCGUGGCACGCACCACCAGUCACAACCUAUGCAGCGCCCCACUUCUUCCACCUCAACACCAAGCUGUAGGCCAGCCCAUGGUGUUGCGUACACUGUGGAGUCGACUGGGGCCGACAGCGGGCAGGUGCUGCUGCUAGGGGGCUCUGGACUAGUGCCCGUUACCCAGGACACCCAGGCCGUGCCCCUGGCUGGGCAGCCUGGCACAAGUGAAGGAGGCAGUGGGAAAACUGGGUUUAUCUCAAGGCAGCAGCCUUAGCCCAGGAGCAGAGGACCCAGUUGUUACAAGGCCCUGGGAGAGGGUGGGCAGCUCCCACUGCCCCAGAGCAGACCUCGAAGCACCCAGGUUGCCCACGGAAAAUCUAAUAAAAAGAAACCAAUGUGAAUCCAC